UCAGUGUUAGACUUGGGAGUUUAAAUAUUGAGUCAUUUCAACUCUCAUUAGGUGUAAUUCAACUACAAGGUAGUUAUUCCUCAAAUCGAGUUGGUGUUGAAAGAGGGAGUCAAAUGUCAGAUUCUCAAAUCAACUCUACAGUGUUGAUUUCACUACAUAGCCAGUGUUACUCUCUCUCUUUAAGUCUAUCUCUGGCUCUUUUGGGUGUGGCACUGACUGUGACGGUUACCUUAAUCGAAGCGGGAAACCAGCGAGAUCAUCACUUUCUAACUUGGAGGAUUAGCGUUAUGCGACAUCAUGUUGGUUAAGGUGAGAUAUGGUGAAAGUCAGAAGUAUGUUAAAGUGGCUGAGACUGAAGAAGGCUAUGACGACUUCAAUACAUUUCUUCAGAAAGUCUUAGAAAAGUUAGGUCUACCACUACAGACUGAGCUGCACUUGACAGAUGAAUCAGGGACAGAGGUGGAUGCGGACGUGUUUGAUGAGCUUUUACAAGCAGGGAACCUUACAAUCAUGGUGUCCACAGAACAGUCUACAGUUGUGCUUCAAGAUCUAUCGUACACUUCAUUUGAGUCACACAUGUCAGACACCUCAUCUGUGUCAGAUGCUUCAACCUCAGCGGUGUCAGUUUCAUCAGAUGCAACAAUAAUUCCUGAGAGAGACAGUGGAGCAAAAAGAAGCCACAGUGAUCGUGAAUCAGCCAGAGAGAUGGUCAGAGAUGUUCUACAGUCCAAGCCAGGGGGAGAAAAAAUCUUGCACGAGUAUGACAAAAGCAAGACAUUGAUGGAUGGUGCACGACGACAGAUGGUAAACCUACUGGUGGCUGACAUGAUGGAAGUUCAUGGGAGGAUCCCGCCAACCUAUGUGCGAACAAAAUAUGCUCUUGGCAUCAUCACUCUGUUUCCCUGUCUCAGAGAUCCAUACUCAAAAAAUGGAUAUGAGCACUACUAUGACGCAGAGAGUGGAUCUGGCUACUUGGCCUGGAGGAUAAAGACAGUGCAGCGCAGCACUGCUGUUCAGUCCCGGAGAUGCUCCACCAGCGCUACCUAUCAAGAUGGUCCAAAGAGCAAGAGGGAUUUUCUCCUGACUUGAAAAAACAUACAUAGUGCCACAUUGCCAUAUUGUGUGAACUUUGCUUUUGAUGACUGUUAGGAAAAGAUGUAAAGCCAAUGCUGUGUUAUGUGGUGUGCUUACACAAAUACAGUUUCAUGUUAACUGCAAA